AUGUACAUUGAGGAGGAAGAAAAGAUCUUCAAACAUUUUCACUGCAUGUCCCGACUGUGUGUUACUCUCUGCGUAUCCGAUUUGAAAUGUUUACCAACCUUUCUUAUUAGCUGCCCGAACUUGAAAUCCCUUAUCCUGGCGUUAGAUGAUUAUAAAGAAAUGCGUUCUGAGGAGAUGAAUCAAAUGAGCUUUUCAUCUGUUCCUGAAUGCCUGUUAUCCUCGCUCGAGUUUGUCAAUUUCGAGUCCCCAAUCUCAGGAUAUGCUUCAGAGAUGAUGAAGCUGGUAAAGUACUUCAUAGAGAAUACAACAAUCCUCAAGAGACUCACUCUACAUGUGAACCAUGGUUCGACUGGCUCUGACAUCUCCAAGGAGCUCCUCAAAAUCCCAAGACGCUCUUCAAUGUGUCAAGUCGUCGGAAAUAACAGGAAACUUAUACGCUAG